CCGUCACACUACUACCACAAGCCCCAAAAGAUAGAUAGGGAGAGAGGGAGUGAGAGUGUGCCAGAGAUAGGGACAGACCAAGAUAGAUAGAGAGAGAGAGAGAGAGAGAGAGAGAGAGAGAGAGAGAGAGAGAGAGAGAGAGAGAGAGAGAGAGAGAGAGAGAGAGAGAGAGAGAGAGAGAGAGAGAGAGAGAGAGAGACACACAGAAUUAGUUCAUGCUAGCAUGCCUGCUUACUCCACCAACAUGAGGCUGAAGUUUCCCAUCCUGGCUCUGACUCUGGAGAUUAUCACCAUCAUCCUGUUUGCUGUGUUUGUGGUCUACGAUGAUGGGAAGCACGGGGGGCACGGAGCCCACAGCAAUGCCACACACCAUGAGGAGACGACGGAACAGAAUCCUCUGACCCUCUACCCCAUGUUCCAGGAUGUUCACGUGAUGAUCUUCAUUGGCUUCGGCUUCCUGAUGACCUUCCUGAAGAGAUACGGCUUCAGCAGCGUGGGCCUCAACCUGCUCCUGGCCGCCUUCGCUCUGCAGUGGGGUCUCCUCAUGCAAGGCCUCUGGCACCUGGACGAAGGAAAGAUCAAAGUCUCCAUCUUCAAGAUGAUCAAUGCAGACUUCAGUACAGCCACGGUUCUGAUCUCGUUCGGGGCGGUCUUGGGAAAAACCAGCCCAGUCCAGCUCCUCAUCAUGACCCUCCUUGAGAUCACCAUCUUCGGCAUCAAUGAACAUUUGGUGGCCGAAGUCCUGAAGGCCAAUGAUGUUGGGGCCUCCAUGAUUAUCCAUGCCUUCGGGGCAUACUUCGGUCUAGCAGUGGCCCGCAUGCUGUACAGGCCAGCUCUGGGGAACGGUCAUGAGAACGACGGCUCUGUCUACCACUCUGACCUCUUCGCCAUGAUCGGUACCGUGUUCCUCUGGAUGUUCUGGCCCAGUUUCAACUCUGCCAUUGCAGAACCUGGUGCUGAUCAACUCAUGGCUGUCACCAACACCUACUUCUCGCUGGCUGCCUGUGUGCUCUCCGCCUAUGCCGUCUCCAGCCUGGUGGAGCACAAAGGGAAACUGGACAUGGUCCACAUCCAGAAUGCCACUCUGGCCGGAGGUGUUGCCGUGGGAACCUGUGCUGACAUGGAUAUCGGGCCUUUCGGUGCCAUGAUCAUCGGAUUCGUGGCUGGCAUCGUCUCCACCCUGGGCUUCAAGUUCCUCACUCCCAUCCUGGCAUCCAACCUGGGCAUCCAAGACACCUGUGGUGUUCACAAUCUGCACGGCAUGCCUGGCAUCCUUGGGGGUAUCGCUGGCAUUGUGGCUGUCGCUCUGGGCAAGAAGGAUGGGAGUGCUGUCAUGCAGGCUGCAGCCCUGGCCUCAUCCCUUGGGUUCGCUUUGGUUGGAGGAGCCAUGACAGGUCUGAUAAUGAAACUUCCAUUCUGGGGACAGCCUCCAGAUCAGAACUGCUUUGAUGAUUCAAUCUAUUGGGAGGUUCCUGAAGAGGAAGAGGGCGAGGAGAGCCUGGCUCACGGAGACCAUUCCAUGAACAAAGCAGAGGCCUAAAUCUCCUGCCCUGUGCUGCAAAUACAUUAUCCACAACCCUUGGAGCUAUCAUGAACCAGACAUUAGACCUUGGGUGUAUGUUAAUAUUCUUAGCUGGCUUCCUCUCCUCGUCUCCUCUCCUUCGUUUAAGUGGUGGAUCCCUACCAGGACUUCCUGCGUAACCUGUCUAAUGUCUUGACCAUCAGUGCAGACAGAGAGAAGGAGAGGAAGCAAAGUUAUGCUAUUGAGAUCAACCCAGAAUGACCAGUGCUAUCAACUUGUCAGUUGUUUUUACCCAGAGCAUAAAUGUAUUGAUUUGAGAUCAUAUCAAAUCAUAUUUGAAGUGGUUCAAGCUACCUUAUUUACACAUCACUAAUUCAAUCCGAACAGCAAGGAAGCUCAUGUUGCACUUUUCUGUGUAUCAAACUACGUCCUCAUUGUCCAUAGAUUUGUAUUAAUUAUUUUCAUCUUUAAUUGAAUAGAAUAGGUCCACUGAAGAGCAUUUGGGGAAGAUGUUAUAGCUCAUUAUAAUUCCAACUAAAGUGUAAGAGGUGGGUGUGUUACAUACAAAACAUGUAUUAUCAGGUCUCAAUGUAAUUGAAAUAACAUUGUAAGUAUUUUUGUUUACAGAAAAUCAUUUCAAACCUUACAUGCUUGCCGAGUUUUGGAUGUGUUAGUCUGAAAAUGGAUUUCAGCGAAGCAGCAUUUUGAUAUAAACGCCCCUUAAUAAGUUGCAUAUAAACAUGAACUGUUCUUUCACACAUUCGGAGGAAAGAUACUUUCAGGGAUUUAUUUUUUGAACUGAAUUUGAUGACCAAUAAUGUGCCACUGUUCUGAGCCACUGGAAACAGUAGAAACAGUAUAGAAAUAGUAGAAACAGUAUAUCAAGCUGACAUUCAAUCAUAUCACCAAACCUCCUCAAAAUGUUAACAGACAUUUGUUUUUCCUCAUAUACAUUGUAUAUUUUUCGCCAUCCAACUGACAUAACCGAUAUUGUGUGCUAAGCCUUGUUUCAUGAAGAGAAUCAACUGCUACUUUGGCCUGCUGCAGAGCAAGUCCGUCUCACUGGAGCCCACUACUCCUACUGGAGAGAAUGAAUGACAUAUUUUUGAGUGGUCUACUAACGUGAAUUUAACGUGAAAUCAACAACAACAACAAAAAUACAUCAAUCAAUUUAGGUUAACAUUGAAAUCCCUUUACCUUGAUGACUUUUAGCUAAUCCAAUCAGUUUUCCACGUUGAUUCAACGUCAUCACAUUACAUUUUUUAGUUGAAAUUAUGUGGAAACAACGUUGAUUCAACCAUUUUUGGCCCAGUGGGUAAGGGAUAGUAUUCAUCAAGCGUCUGCUAUUGGGGUGCUGAUCAAGGAUCAGUUUUGCCUUUCUAGAUCAGCACUUCUAAUCUGAGAAGCUUGAUAAAUAUGGGCCCAUGGCUCACAGGGAUUGGCGCAGGGCAAGGAUUGGUCCUGCAUUAAACUACUCUCUGUGUGCUCCCAACACUCUGUGGUGUUCCUUCUUCAGCCCCAGUCAUCUCAAAGCUAAAGUAGAGUGUCUUCCAUUUUAAUUUCUCCCUCUUAAGUUUUUUCAAAUACAGAAAGGCUGCAUUGAAAUCUGACACGUCCAAUUAAAAACCAGAUAGGCUUCGUGUCACAAUUAUAAUAUGGAUACAGAAUAAAUGGGGCGUGACAAAGAUAGUCACUGAUAAGCUUUCUUUAUUUCUUUCACUUCUUAUUGUAACCUCUUAAUGUACAGUGUAGUUAGUUACACAAUGGAUAUAGUUAGUUUCUCUAAAUCCCUGCACCUAAGACUAGCAAUUGGUACAGUGUGUAUCAGAGAAAAAAAGUAUGUCUUUAUAUAUUUCAAACAUUUUGUUGAAUAAAGUGAAGGUUAUACUUUAGAAUGCAGGAGGAAAAUAGCCUGCAAUAGUUCCUGUACUAGACCAUUGUUGCAAGGAAAGAUUAAACUGACUACAGAUAGAUAAAUAGCCUGCAAUAGUUCCUGUACUAGACCAUUGAUGCAAGGAAAGAUUAAACUGACUACAGAUAGAUAAAUAGCCUGCAAUAGUUCCUGUACUAGACCAUUGUUGCAAGGAAAGAUUAAACUGACUACAGAUAGAUAAAUAGCCUGCAAUAGUUCCUGUACUAGACCAUUGUUGCAAGGAAAGAUUAAACUGACUACAGAUAGAUAAAUAGCCUAGUAUUUCAUUUGGCUGAUGUAGUAGCCAACGUGUGAUAUAAACGUAGGCCUGAGGCUUAGUACACCAGCAGUCAAGACUUUGUUGAAAUGAUUGACAUGGCAUUAGCUUUUUAGGUUACAGAAAAUGAAUAUGUAUGACACUGUUGUUAAUGUAUAAAUACUAAUACUGGCACUUAUAAAUAUGAUUAUAUAUAAUAUCA